AUGGCGGGGGGCCUAUCUGAUGCCCUCAAAGACCUGCAUCUGGCCUCGGAUAGACUGGAUGGCGACAUCGAUGACCUCUUGGAUCAGGCCAAACCUCGCAAACGCCUCCGAAAAUCCGCGGAUGAAGUGAAGGCCAGACUCGAAGCCGACUUUUUGACGCCUUCGACUUCCUUCAGCCCAGCUUGGCUUGAUAGACUUCAGCAGAGAUGGUAUUGUCCAUCAGAUUACAAUGAGCUCUUCGCUCUCGGUCAGACUCAGACUCGAACUAUCAUUCGCUUCACGAGGGAAGGACUGGAAGGUCGUGUCACAGGCUAUAAGGAAGUGACGGUUCCUGCAAACAAUGCUACGGCCAAGAAUUCCACCUCGCUGCUCAGGAAGCCGGCCAAUCGUGCCGACUUUGUGCGAGGAGCUGCGGGAUUCUAUCCGUUUGCUCCAGGCGGCUUGGAUGCAGUGGAGGCCACUGCUGCUUACGAAGAUGAAUUCCUGCAGCAACAGCAACCCAGUCUUGUGAAGACCGAUAAGCUAAGCAGAAUCAUCGAUUUUGCCUCGGAAGGAGGUCUUCUUGAGGUGCCGCCUGGUUUCAAGCGAGGACUUCGUGCUACGGAAAAGCCGAAACAGGACGAUCAAACUGCCAAGGAAGUCGAGGAGGCGUUGGAUGAACAGUCCGAUGUGCCCGACGAACUAUCAAAUGGAGUCCCGUUGCCCAAGGAGGAUGGCGACGUUUCUUCUGAAGAGCAGGAAGGCGACGAGGAAGAAGACAUCGAUGACCUCCUCCCUGUCGAAUUUCCCGCACUGGCAGCCCGCGGCCCUCUUGCCAUUGCACGGAACAAGCAAGGCGGUCGUGAAUGGGCUCAUAUGGUGGACGUCAAUCGCGACAUCACCAACUUUAGAGAACUUGUGCCAGAGAUGGCACGGGAGUGGCCCUUCGAGCUGGACACCUUCCAAAAAGAGGCAGUGUAUCAUCUAGAGAAUGGCGACUCCGUCUUUGUUGCGGCUCACACAUCAGCCGGAAAGACGGUUGUCGCAGAAUAUGCCAUUGCGCUAGCGGCGAAGCACAUGACCAAGGCUAUCUACACGUCGCCAAUCAAGGCUCUGAGCAAUCAGAAGUUCAGAGACUUCCGAACUACUUUUGACGACGUGGGCAUCCUGACAGGAGACGUACAAAUACGGCCUGAAGCAAGCUGCCUGAUUAUGACAACCGAAAUCCUGCGAAGUAUGCUCUACCGUGGAGCUGACUUGAUUCGUGACGUCGAAUUCGUGAUCUUUGACGAAGUUCACUAUGUGAAUGAUCUGGAGCGUGGAGUUGUUUGGGAAGAAGUCAUCAUCAUGCUGCCGGAGCAUGUCACCCUCAUCUUGCUUUCUGCAACGGUGCCGAACACUCACGAGUUUGCUUCGUGGGUAGGACGUACCAAGCAGAAGGAUAUCUAUGUCAUCUCCACUCCAAAGCGUCCAGUCCCGCUGGAACACUACCUUUGGGCGGACAAAGCACAGGACAAGAAGAUGUUCAAGAUCGUUGAUGCGAACAAGAACUUCAUCGAGAAAGGAUGGAAGGACGCGAACGAUGCUAUGUCAGGCCGCGACAAAAUAAUCGCAGCUGAACAAAAGGCGAAGGAGAAAGAAGAGGCUGCUGUGGCUGCUGGUCGCGGUGGGAGAGGUGGUCGUGGACAGAACGCGCGCGGUGGGCAACAACGCGGAGGUGGCAAUCAGCGAGGAGGUCCUCAGCAGAGAGGAAGAGGGCAGCCUGCCACUCGGGGACAGGGGAACAUUGCGAGGACAGGGCGUGGUGGUGGCAGGACCACAGCGGCACAAGACCGCAACAUUUGGGUGCACCUGGUACAGCAUUUACGCAAAGAAGAGCUGCUGCCAUGCUGUAUCUUCGUCUUCUCGAAGAAACGGUGCGAGGAGAACGCCGACUCGCUUUCCAACCAAGACUUCUGUACUGCGGCAGAGAAGAGCGCGAUCCAUAUGAUUUUGGAGAAGUCACUGGCUCGUCUCAAGCCAGAUGAUCGACAGCUGCCGCAGAUACGUCGGAUCCGUGAUCUUCUCAGCAAGGGUAUUGCAGUACACCAUGGUGGUCUUUUGCCGAUUGUGAAAGAGUGUGUCGAGAUUCUCUUCGCCAGGACACUUGUGAAAGUGCUUUUCGCCACCGAGACGUUCGCCAUGGGUCUCAAUCUUCCGACUCGUACCGUUGUGUUCUCCGGAUUCAGAAAGUACGAUAAUAAGGAAUUCCGUGAUCUCCUGCCGGGCGAAUACACACAAAUGGCAGGCAGAGCUGGCCGCCGAGGAUUGGAUUCUGUUGGGUCAGUGAUCAUCGUCACUCCGGGGGCUGACGAGGCGCCACCUGCCGGGCGCCUACGGCAGAUGAUGCUGGGGGACCCAACGAAACUACGAUCUCAGUUCCGUCUAACAUACAACAUGAUUCUCAACUUGCUACGAGUGGAGGCCCUCAAGAUCGAAGAGAUGAUCAAGCGUUCUUUCUCCGAAAACGCGACACAGGCACUUCUGCCAGAACAUGAGAAGCAGAUCAGGGUGUCUGAGGCAGACCUCGAGAAAAUCGUCCGAGACCCGUGCAAAACAUGCGACAUAGACAUCGAAGACUGCCACAAUGCCAGUGUACAAUACCAACAGCUAACGGAGGCUCUGCACCUUGCGAUAUUAGGCACGGCAACGGGUCGUCGUAUGUUCCACCCUCGGCGGCUCAUCGUGUUCAGGGGAAAGAACAAUGCGCGAACUGCCGGCGUCCUGCUUCGCGAUGGCGUCAGUAAAGGUUCACCACCUACCUUACAGGUCCUGGAGGUAUUGUAUCGAAACCAGAGGACACGCCGGGACACAGAUUUCCUUCCGUAUCUCCCGCGCUUCCGAAGACGGUUCAUUCCACUGCCUCAGAAAGAGGGCGACAUGCAGUUGAGGACUGUCACGAUACCUCUCACUGACGUCGAGGCAUUGACACCAACACACCUUGAGAUGGAUGUAGCCGGUGUACAGCAGAGAGAUAAGGAGGCCUUGGCUGAUGCCAAAGCGAAACUCCUCGAGACCUGCUCAUCUUGGACGUCGUCCAGCUGGAACGAGCUUGACUAUUACAAGUAUCUCAAAGAGAUGAAUCUCCGAACAAUCAUGGACGAGAGGAGCAAGGCGGCUACAAUUGCGCAGGAGCGAGAGUGCAUCCAUUGCACCGACUUGCCAAAGCACUUCGCCAUGCAGCAUGAUCAAUGGAUCAUCAAGGACAGGAUCCAGUCCAUUCGGCAACUCAUGUCUGACCAGAACCUGCAAUUGUUGCCAGACUACCAGCAGCGCAUUAGCGUGCUCAAGGAUCUUGGCUUUAUCGAUGAUCAGUCACGAGUUGAACUGAAGGGCAAGGUUGCAUGCGAGAUUCACUCUGCGGAUGAGCUGGUCCUGACUGAGCUGGUGCUGGAGAAUGUUCUCGCCGACUACGAGCCAGAAGAGAUUGUGGCACUCUUGUCAGCAUUUGUCUUCCAAGAGAAGACGGAAUCAACCCCGAACAUGACACCAGCACUCGAGCGAGGCCUGGACACAAUUGUGAAGAUCUCGGAGAAGGUCAACCACUAUCAGACGUUACAUCAGGUCAUCUUGUCUUCGGAUGAUUCGAACGACUUCGUCAGUCGGCCUCGCUUUGGGCUGGUCGAGGUAGUGUAUGAAUGGGCUCGCGGCAUGCCUUUCAGCCGGAUCACGGACCUGACUGACGUGCUUGAGGGCACGAUUGUGAGGGUCAUCACGCGGCUGGACGAGACGUGCAGGGAGGUGAAGAAUGCCGCCAGGAUUAUCGGAGAUCCAACACUCUUCACCAAGAUGCAGACGUGCCAGGAGCUGAUCAAGAGGGAUAUCUGCGCGACUGCUUCGCUGUACAUGUAG